UUUCUUGCAUACGUGGAUCCCACUCCCACUUUCUACUAUACUCUUCCCUUCUUUAUAUACACACACUCACUCACACAUAUCCCCUUCCCUUCAACCACCCCCUCUUACUCUCACCGGAAACCGGUACCAAAAGCGCGCCAAAUCCCCACACCCUCCCGCCAAAAACACCUCACACACGCAGCAGUAGUUAUAUUCACCUAUUUCUGCUCACCUGUCAAAUUCCUCUCUAAAACCUUCAACCAAAUUUCUUAGUAAGUUUCUAUUUGAUCUUUCAUGUUAUGGCGGUACAAAACACUGUGACCGUACGAUCAGCGGUUAAGUUUACAGAGCACGUGAUCACAACGAACAAGCCUGCAGCAACGACGUCGUUUAAGAGGAAAGUUGUUAGGAUUACUAUGACGGAUCCCUACGCAACCGAUUCAUCUUCCGAUGAGGAAGAAGAUGAAGAACGAUUAACAACGAAGAGGAUUAAGAAGCAUGUGGUUCAAAUCACCGUUGAUUCUUCUUCUACGAGAUUUGUGAAGCGGAAUCGGAACAGGCGGCGCGUGAGGUGCACGGGAGCAACGGUGAAGAAGUACCGAGGUGUUCGCCGGCGGCCAUGGGGGCGUUACGCCGCGGAGAUACGUGAUCCGGCCCGGCGGAAGCGCGUGUGGCUAGGUACGUUUGAUACGCCGGAGGAAGCUGCCACGGUGUACGAUAACGCCGCCGUGAGGAUGAAAGGUUGUAACGCCGUUACGAAUUUUCCGGUAGCUUCGUUAACGGAAGCUGAAAUCGUUGACAGUAAAAAACCUAACGGUUACGGUGAAGUGGAUGUUAAUGUUAAUGUUAAUGUUAAUGUUAACGACGUCGUUUUGUCGCCGACUUCUGUGCUUCCGUUUGACGAUGAGUUACCGCCGUUUGACGGUUUUCGGUAUGAUGACGUGGAUGCUUUUGGUUUUUGUUUUAAUGUCGACGUGGAUAUUAAUUAUCCGGAUUUUGAGGUUCCAGUUAAUUACUACGGUGAAGGGUUUUGUGAUUUUGACAUUGAUGAUUUUCUCGUUGAUAAUUAAGUAUAUUAUAUAUUAUUAUAUUUAUAAUUAACUUAAGUAUCUAUACAUAUAAUAAAGUAAAUUAAAUGUGGACACGUGGCAACUGAUCAAGGUAUUGUUUCUUUGGUUUUGGCGCAAUUCCCCUGCUCCACAAUUACUUCACGUGUUUGGAUUUGGGUAAACCCGAUAAUCAUACGGAUCCUAUAUAUUCUUAUUUCCUAAUUUUCUCUGAUUCUAACCCUAGGUUUUCCCCCAGUACGUUCAUCUCUCCUCCCAACAUCUAUUCGCCUCCCAUUAGAUAUCAAGUUUUGAUCUUGAACUCCUUGGUUUUCUAUCUUUGCCUGAAUCAUUGUAAUCGUUUCCUUCAACAUCUUCCAAAAUCAAAGGUUAGGGUUUGUUAAAAUCUCACUUGGAUAGAAGGAGAAACGCUACGCGAUUGGUUCCCACAUAUCUUUCAUAUGGCCAAAAAUACUGCUGCAAACAAACGAGGUCUGAGUCGAAAAGCAUUUCCACCUGAAUACGCUUGAACUUAAAAAUGUAAGGGACAAGUUUGAAAGUUUAUAACCAGACUGUCGAUUGACUCGCGUUGAAGGUAUGGGACAUAAAACUCUUCAUUUACAUCUGAUCGUUAGGAAGUUUGCAGAACCAACUAAAGGUUUUAGAGUGAUUUAGUGUUUUGAGAUGAUAUGUGCAAAGCCCAAACAGCUUCCACGAGAUGUCCAGUAAACCGCUUCCACAAGAUGUCCAAUAAGCCCAAUCCAAAAGCCCAAUUCAUAACAAAAAACAAACCAUUAGAUAUGUAUAAACAAGUAAAAAAUAAAAAAUUAUAACAUGUAUGUGACUGUUGAGUAAUUUCAUUUAUGCCUGUUAUGUUUUGAUUGUCAUU